AUGGACACCCUCGUGGCCCAAUACACUCAGUCUCCCCAUGCCAACGAAGGCAUCACGUCGGAGGAGCAGGAUGACUACACCGAUACUCUACCUCCCCUCUCCCUCAAAUUCGCUUUGCCGCCAGUCUCCCGACCAUCAGCUUUCCUCCGUGCCGCCACAGAUGACUACUCCAACCCAAAUUGCCCGAUCAAAAUUGCCCACGGUACCACAACGCUGGCCUUCAGAUUUAAGGGGGGAAUUAUUGUCGCGACAGAUUCAAGAGCAACUGCUGGAAACUGGAUUGCCUCGCAGACUGUCAAGAAGGUGAUCGAGAUCAAUCCGAUGCUUCUGGGAACCAUGGCUGGAGGUGCAGCUGAUUGCCAAUACUGGCUCGCAUACCUCGGUAUUCAAUGUCGGCUACACGAGCUACGGCACAAGCGGCGGAUCUCGGUGGCUGCGGCGUCGAAGAUCCUCGCAAAUCUGGUAUACUCGUAUAAGGGCAUGGGAUUAUCGAUGGGUACCAUGAUCACAGGGGUCACUCCUGAGGAAGGUCCUGCACUGUACUACAUUGAUUCCGAUGGAACGAGAUUAUCCGGCAACCUUUUCUGUGUGGGAUCGGGUCAAACGUUUGCCUAUGGUGUCCUUGACGCUCUUUACAAAUACGACUUGGAAGAUGAUGAGGCUCUGGAGCUGGGAAAGAGAAGUAUUCUGGCGGCCACACACCGUGACGCUUACUCGGGUGGUUAUAUCAACCUCUACCAUGUCAAGGAAGAUGGAUGGGUGAAGCAUGGUUUCAUGGACACCAACCCCAUCUUCUGGCAGACGAAACUUGAGAAGGGCGAAUUCUCCAAUGUCACAAGCGAGCUGAUUUGA